CUCAAGCUGACAGUGGUUUUCGUGGUGGAUUUUGAUGUUUUGGACCGUUGGAAAUCCGUGAGGAUGACCAUGAGGUCGAUCACGUUGAUGUUCAGGUCCUCGGAGGGCUACAUUCUUCGUCCUUGACAAUCACGAUCUUCUCUUCCACAUGUUCUAAAGCUUUUCUCUUGUUCUUUCUCCGAAUGACUCCUCCCACAGUCCACAGCUUCUUGCAGCUUCUGCAAGUGUGGCUCGACUGCUUCACGUCAUAUUUAUUGAAGUCGCAGAAUUCGUUUUCAUAAGACUGGCAUAUUGGACUCUGCAGCUGCGAUGGCUCAUUUUCUCCGCUUUAAGUCUUUACAUUUGUGAAGUACAAACUUUUUAGGCACUACUCCUUUGUCACGAUCUUCAGCGAUGGCGACUCAUUCAAACAACUCGAUCAGAGGCUUCCCCAUCAGACAAAGCAUGGCAAGAAAUAAUCCUUCGAUGCAUGCAGGAACUCAGAUGGCAAGCAAAUUCUUCCAGCAAAGCGUGUCGAUCUUCAGUUGGAUUCCGACCUACCAGGUGGUCAAAAGGUUUUAAAAAGUUGCAGAACACAUAUGUCUCGAGCUGGAGCUAGCGAAAGAAUGACCUUCUUCACAUACGCCGAAAGAGUCUGAUCAUUUGUAUUAGUUCUUGAAGAAGAGAAGCAAUGUUUGAGGAAAACCUUGUGUGAAGAACCUUCAUCAAUAAAGAUCAUAGCUGUGG